GGGCCGCCCGCUGUUGCAUUGGCUCGCUCGGCCUCCUCCUCCUUCUCUGGAACCGCCGCCAUAUCUGCGGGGCAACCCAAACUUGUAACACACUUGCACCAACUCCUCCUCUUUCUCGGUGCGGCCGGGCUCCUUUUUAUUUCCCAUCAAUUGACGGUGCGGGCGGCCUGGCCCGGCUGAACGGUUCCUGCAACCGGGGGGCGGCGGUGGGGCGCGUUCUUCACAAAAGCCGCGACUAAAGAAGAAGUUGGAAGGCAGCGUAGCAGGAUUGUUUUCCUCAUCGUGGCUUCUGUGGAUACCAUGUGGGAAGAUUCCUUCAGUAGCUACAAGGAUUUUGUGGCCAGUUUAUAUUCCAGUCCAACUAAUCAGAAACAUGUGCUUAAGAAGCAGAAGAGUUACUGAGACUCAUUCUGGAAGCUUCUUCUGUUCAUCAUUGUGGCAAAUAUAUGUUUGUUGGAAGAAGUGAUCCAAUAAUAGACCUUUGCAAACACCUUGGCGAGAAAUCCACAGCAUAUUUAAUUGGAUUUCUAUAUUUGCACAAGCUGUUUAAGUUAAAAGGCAGAUUUUUUUUCUGCCAAAUGAACGUUUUGCUGCUGCACUUACCCAUCUACAAUUGUAAAACAAAAUUUUUUGACAUGGCUCUUGCUCUAUAUGGGAUUAUGAGUUUAUAUCUUGGAAUGUCAGUGGCAUUAGGUCCAAUGCCCCGAAUUUCAUGGGAACAUAAAGAAGUUCAUCUGGUACAUUUUCAAGAUCCAGAAAUAUCUAACUACUCAACCUUGUUACUAGAUGAAGACAGAGAUAUUUUGUAUGUGGGGGCUAGAGAAGUUAUAUUUGCUUUAAAUUCAUUCAACAUUGUGGAAAUAAAGGAAGAGGUGUUUUGGAAGGUAACAGAAGACAAGAAAACGAAAUGUGCAGAAAAGGGCAAAUCAAAACAGACAGAGUGCCUUAACUAUGUUCGUGUCUUACAAUAUUUGAAUGAUACUUUGCUCUAUGUGUGUGGAACAAAUGCAUUUCAGCCUAUCUGUGAUCAUCUGGUAAGUGUGAGAAUAAAGUUUAUUUAGAGACAACUGGAAAAUUAUGUUCAGUAGUGUAAAGAGCAAAAGCCCAU